AUGACUGGGUGGAGAUGCCUGGUGACAGGAGCAGGAGGGUUUCUGGGCCAGAGGAUCAUCAGCUUGUUGACAGAAGAAAAUAAGCUACAGGAGAUCAGAGCCUUGUACAGAACCUUAAGACCAGAAAACAAGGAGCUGUUAUCUAAGCUGCAGACAAAGGCUAAGGUGACAGUGCUGGAAGGGAACAUUCUGGAUGCCCAGUGUUUGUGGAGAGCCUGCCAGGGAGUCUCAGUCGUAAUCCAUACUGCUGCUCUCAUUGACGCCACUGGUGUCAUUCCCAGACAGACCAUCAUUGAUGUCAAUCUCCAAGGUACCCAGCGUCUGUUGGAAGCCUGUAUCCAAGCUAGUGUGCAAACCUUCAUCUACACCAGUUCAAUUGCAGUUUCCGGGCCCAACUCCUACAAGGAGACCAUCCAGAAUGCCCAGGAAGAAGAGAAUCAUGAAUACACAUCGACUGACCCAUACUCACACAGCAAAAAGCUGGCUGAGAAGGCUGUGCUGGCAGCCAAUGGGUGCACCCUUAAAAAUGGUGGCACCUUGCAUACUUGCUCCUUGAGGCCUCCAUUUAUCUAUGGGGAGGGAAGCAAACAUCUUUCUGACAUAGUAAAUAGUGCUCUCCAGAACAAUGGAAACCUUGUAAAAUUAGGUCCCUACUCUCUGGUCAACCCCGCCUAUGUGGGCAACGUGGCCUGGGCCCACAUUCUGGCCUGCAGAGGCCUGAGGGACCCCAAGAAGGCACCAAACAUCCAAGGGCAGUUCUACUACAUCUCAGAUGACACACCUCACCAAAGCUAUGAUGACUUAUAUUACAUAAUGUGCAAAGAAUGGGGCUUCUGCCUUGAUCCUAAGCCCACCCCUCCUCUCUUCCUGCUGUACUGGCUGGCUUUCCUGCUGGAAGCAGUGAGCUUCCUGCUGCGUCCUAUCUACGAGUACCGACCCUCCUUUACCCGACACUUAGUGGUACUCACAAACAGCGUGUACACCUUCUCCUACAAGAAAGCACAGCGAGAUCUUGGGUAUGAGCCACGCUUCAGCUGGGAGGAAGCCAAGCAGAAAACCACCGAGUGGAUCGGCUCGCUCGUGAAGCUGCACAAGGGGACGCUGAAGUCAAAAGCUCAGUGAGGUGACAGAUGGGGAGCUGAGUGUUGUCAGGG